UGCAGCCUUUUUUACAUAUGAGUGUAAACAUUGAGUUUGGGGGCGUGGCCAGCAGCAUGACUUAAAGUGACAGGACAUAAAACAGCUGGAAAUGCAGAACUGAGACUAAAAUCUCCUUAUAUAAGAAAAAUGUAAUGAAGAUGUUUCAGGGCCCACUGACCCGUCCUAACAUGUUCAUUACCUUUAACACAGAGCUGGAAUCACUGGAGGCAUUUCUCUAAGAAAGCAGGAAACCAUGGAGAGAGGAGGAGGGAAAAGUCUGUAAGGAAGGAGGGAGGAGGGAUGAAGAGGGAGAUAAGAAGCAGGGGGAGGAGAGGAGAGAGGCAUUGUGGGUCCAUCGUUAUCCAGCCGCUCCAGCUGCUCCUCUCCCUCCAUGCCGGGACCCUGCGGCCGGAACGCCGCCCGUCUUUGUUUUGUCCGGAGUCGGUUUGAGGAAAAGAUCAACGUGUUUGGAGUGUUUCCGUUUCCCGGCAGCAGAUGAAGGAAGUUGGCGGCGUCUGGACGGCUGUGCAGCGAGCUCACCUCAGGGUAAGGGGAUGAGAGGAAGACGAGGUGCUCUGCAGCAUCACUCUUCCUCCUCAUUGUUCCUCCUUAUUGCCCUCAUGCACACGUUUCCCCGCCUGCAGCAGCAGCGCAGUCCGGCUGCAUCAUGUCUGAGGGCAGCAGCUGCUGCGCGGCCGGCCGCUGAGGGGGGGAGAUGCUGACUGAAGGACAAUGACCUGGAUUUGUUUCCUGAGCACCAAACCAGACAAACAUGUUGAGGAUUUAGAGGAACGGAGUUUAAAGAUGGGAUGACCGCCGUGUGGCGCUGAACCCGACCCAACAUGAACUCCUCCUCCAGUCCGAACCAGAGCGGCUCUCCUUUGUUCUGCCUGCUGGGAGCGGUGGGUUACUCCCCCAGCCUGGACACCUGCCUGCUGGAGGUGGCCAUCAUCCUCUUCCUCGCUGUGCUCAUCAUCGCCGGGAACCUGCUGGUGAUCUUCGUCUUCCACUGCGCGCCGCUGCUGCACCACCACAGCACCGGACACUUCAUCCAGACCAUGGCGUGCGCCGACCUGCUGGUGGGCGUCAGCUGCCUGGUGCCGUCUCUGUCGCUGCUGCGCUGCCUGCCGGGCCUGAACCAGCAGCUCGCCUGCAAAGCCUUUGGCUACGCCGUUUCUGUGCUGAAGAGCGUCUCCAUGGCGUCGCUGGCGUGCAUCAGCUUGGACCGCUACAUCGCCAUCACCCGCCCGCUGUCCUACGCCACGCUGGUGACGCCGUGCCGGUUGCGGGCGUGCAUCGUCCUCAUCUGGGUUUACUCCGCCCUCGUCUUCCUGCCGUCCUUCCUGGGCUGGGGGAAGCCCGGUUACCAUGGCGACGUCUUUCAGUGGUGCGCCGAGUCGUGGAGAACCAACCCGACGUUCAGCACCUUCAUCGUGGCGCUGCUGUACGCGCCGGCGGCGCUCACCGUCUGCUUCACGUACGGGAGCAUCUUCCGGAUCUGCCGGCAGCACACCCGGGAGAUCAGCCAGCGCCACGCCCGCUUCGGCGCGCAGGCCACGCCCACUGGGGGCGAGCGCUGCGACGGCUGCACCGACAAGCGCUACGCCAUGGUGCUGUUCCGCAUCACCAGCGUCUUCUACGUGCUCUGGAUGCCCUACAUCCUCUACUUCCUGCUGGAGAGCGCCGGGCUGUACCGCCACAUGGUGGCGUCGUUUCUCACCACGUGGCUAGCAAUCAGCAACAGUUUCUGCAACUGCCUCAUCUACAGCCUCUCCAACAGCGUCUUCCGAAAAGGCCUGGGCAGUCUGCUGCAGCCGCUGCUUCCUUCCUGCCUCGGCUGCGCAGACGGCAGGAAGGCUCCGCCCCCCGGAAGCCUGCGCACCGACACGCGAUGCCACGUCUGACGCUCUGCAGACGGUUUAGAUUAUAUUAUAUUAUGUCUACGGUUUAGAAGCGUCUGAUUGGCGCCUGCAGGACCACAGAGAGGCGUCUCUGCUGAUGCCUGCUGGAAACAAAGUUUGACGCCAAACUGCAUGAAAACAGUCGAUGUGUGAAUUCAGAGAAUCUAAUAAAUAUUUAAAAAGUGCAAAAAAGACGCAGAAAAGGAAAUUAUAGUUCAACCUGCUCGUUCAAAUCCAGCAAAUGCAAAAAAGCUAAACAAUGUAUUUCCUCAUUUUUCUGUCUUUCGGAUGAAAUGGCAAAAAAAAAAAAAACUUGGAUAAUUAAUUUCUUACUUUUUAUUUUGGAUUUUUUUAUAACCUAUUUCAUUCUAAUGUUUCAACCGUCUUCUAUUGACAUUGUGAGUUUAUUUUGGCAGAAUUUCAACUUUAUUGUCAUAUGACUUUAUUUUUGUAACAGAUCAUCUGACCAUUAUAUUUUGUUGGUUAACCUGAAUUCAAAGUCCAAAUGAACAGAAGCUGUAAAACACAACAAGAUGGCCGCCCUGAGACAUGGAAACUCCAGGAGUUCAUUGGUGGAUAAAAUCCAGAUUUUCCAAACUGCGUUGAACUGAUGGAUUGAUGGUUUCAGGAUGGAUGUAGGUGUGGAGGUGAAACGACUCAGACUCCAGAUGUUCAGGAUCUGUGUGAAAAUCUGAGUUGAACCUGAGCUGAGGAAACUCAGCCAUGUGUUUUCUAACAGACUCCUCUGCUGAAGCCGCCCAUGUUUGUUCAGCCUGGAUUCAUAGAAAAUGUUGAUUUAUGAAUCAGCUUGGCUCUCUGACCUGCAGCGUUUUUCCUCCUGCCGUCUGCUGAACGCCCAAUCAGGAGACGGACAGUUUAUUUAUUUAUUUGGGGAGGUUUGAUCCUGAAACGUUUCAUCAGCAGAUCUCCAGUCUGAACCUGAAGCCGAAGCGUUUCUGUUUUAUGAAGCUGAGCCGUUUCUGUUUGCUGCUGUUUGAAGCAGAAAAUGUUUUACUGGUUUUGACUAAAUGCAGAAAAUUGAUCCUGAUCUCUGAUUCAUAUCAGACCUGGAUGUGAUCAGAGGUUUUGGCUCUUUUUAAUCAUUUUUUUCAUAUUAAAGGUUUGAUGUGAUAUUCUCUCAGCAUUAUGGAGAGUCUGACAGUAACUUGUAUCUUUUAUAGGUUUUAAAAAUAACAUUUAAAACUAAACUAUGUGCUAAAACAUUUUAAAACAAAAAAUGAAUGACUUAUUACUGUUGUGGCUAAAUAAGAUUAAAUAUUUCUCUAAUUUUGACUUCUGUGGCUGUAAUAAUGUAUCUAACUAGUUAUUUUGCUACAAAACAAAAAGUGUUGAAUCUUUAAUGUCUAAUGUUUGAUCCUCUCAGAAAACUGAUCUGAAAUCAGUUUCUGAUAUUUUGAAGUUUCUGGAUUAACUUCAGUUUCAGGUUUUGAGAUUAAAUUUAGAUUAAAAACCAGGAGACAUUUUCAGGUUUUCAUCUGAUCCAGUUGAACUUUAGCAUCAUGAGUAGCAGCUUCAUUUAUUGCACUGAAUGUUUGUUUGUCGUUCUGCUGUUUCCAAACCGACUGCAGGAGAAACAGGCAGAAACUGACCGACGUGUCGAUCCGGCUCCAUUUUAACGCUCACACUUUAACUUCCUGAAACUUUUUAAAAUUUUAAAAUUUAAAACAUCAUUACUGAUGUAAUGAUGUGACUGCGGCGCCGCAGUAACAGAGGUCUGCGUCUGUUUGACCUCCUGGAGGUCAAGAUGUUUCAAUCUGAGGCCCAACAGCAAAAUAUAAUAUUUAUACUGUAAAAACCUGAUUUUUU